AUGGCAACCAUGCAAGGCUCCAGCCAAGAGGACAAUGUGUCGCUCGAGGCGCGGAUGCGCAACCUCAUCCUCAAGAACUCGGACCCGGCACAAGCUCAAAGUACCCCUGCCGACGUCCCACGAUCGUCCUCACAGCCCUUUACCCCUUCCUCUACAAACUCACCGGCAAGCACUGUUCCAAAGGACGCCCAAGACCAGCCCAAACCAAACCAGAAGCCCGGUCGCAAGCGCAUGAACCAGGCCCAACGACGCCAGAUGUCGUCGCAGCUGUCAGUUGAUAUUGACCCUCGCGCAACCACAUCUCACCCAAACCGGUCUCAGGGGUCAUGGGCCGGCCAUGAACAUCGUCAAAAUUAUAUCAACCAUCAAAGCCGGACCAAUCGCUCUCAGUCCGCGGCUUUCCAGCCUCCCCAUGUGAGCAACAGCCAUGCAAGACACCAGCCCUCGCCUUCCCUUCCAGCUUUCUCGCCUCAGCCCACCCUUUUUGACUGGAGACAACCCAGCGGGGCUUUGAAUGGCUUCACAGGAGCCCAGCCCGGUUUUUCACGCCCCAACCAUGCCUCCAGGAGCUCUACCAGUCAAGUUGGCUCACCGUAUCACCCACGACCUUACUACCCUCGGACGGAGGAUCUUGGGUCUCAGGUCGCCCUUCUGGAGCAAUUAUCUGCGGAUAUUCUCGCCAACGCCGAGAUAGCAUUUGAGCAGAUCCAGGAGAAGGAGCACUUUCGUCUGAUCAUAGAAGAAGCCUGCCGUGAUGCAAUAACCCAGUACGAGACAACUGUCAACGGCCAGGCCAACUUUCCUCGCUUGUCGGUCCAGCUACGAUGUUUCGGUAGCUUAUCAUCUGGAUUUGCCACCAAAUCUUCGGACAUGGAUCUGGGUCUCCUCUCGCCCUUCUCUCAUCCCCAACCAGACAGUCCUGAUUCCCUCAUUCCUCGACUUGUCGAGAAGACCUUUCUGGACAUGCGCCUAGGCGCCCGUCUUUUAAGCAAGACAAGAGUUCCUAUAAUCAAGGUCUGUGAGAAGCCUACGAAUAAACUCUACUCAGAUCUCCUGGAGGAACGUGAGAAAUGGGAGAAAGGGGUCGAGGACGAGCACGAGUUGGAAGAUGAUGAAGCAGAAGGCAGAGUUGCUUCAAGUCCUACCGAUCAGGGCCAUCAGAUUGGAAAGAACAGCUCGGACGACCAUGCUCCUGUGGUUGAUGACGGCAAAGCCGACAACAGUGCUGCUGUUAGCAGCAACCAUGAGCACGGUAUCGAUCAGUACCAAGCAGCGCUUGAUGAGCUGAAGCAGGGUACUAAGUCCCUGUCAAAUUAUUAUGGCGCUGCGAAAAAGACGUUGCGAAAAUUAGGCGGCAAGGAUAUCACCAAUUCCACGGCAGCAAAUUUCAGUGAUGAGGAUUUCCGUAUCUUGAAUGAUGUUUGCAAGGCCUUUGUUCACGGUCUGGCGGACGACGCUCUGAGGGCUCGCCUCGAGGGGUAUGCGUCUCUUGCUUUUGAUCCAGCUUCUGUGCCUCACAAUCGCUCUAUCUUUGGUGUUAUGGCGCAGAUUGAGGGGGAGAAACUGGUCAUGGCAAGCGAGUCUCGCACGGUUUUGGAGAAAAAUGACCACUUUGAGCAUCUUGCGAGGAACCGCGUCAUUCACUGGAGAGAGCUACAGAACAGGCCAAAUUUCGGCUUAGACCCCCUUGGUUAUAACAAGGACUUACUAUCAGCGACCGAACUUCUGAAGAAGAUACCCUCGAUCGGUUUGCUACUUCUUGAGCAAGGACAGUUCGAGACCGCUGCCUCUUACCACAGCAGGACUCUCAGACUCUUGACCGAAUUAGGAGGCAAUGAUCUGCCAUCUACUCAGUCACCACUUCUGCCUGUCGUUGUUCGGCAGUACAGCCAGGGCAUCUAUGAUUUCGGGAUUCGAGCACAAGUCUCAGAUUGGCUCAAAUCCAACCUUUCGACAACUCUCAGAGCCCUCGCGAGACGGCAUAAGUCCUUGCAGCUGGCUCGAGAGUUUGAAAAGGCCCUGGAAAAAGGCUUGUACUCCACCGAAGUCGCUCAAGAUAUACAGGUCUAUGUCCAAUUCCUCCGGGGGCCGAUGGCAAGCAACGCUCCGGAAAAUGUCCAUUUCGAUUCCGUACUACCGAUCACGCCGGAGUACGAGGAUCUCGUGGCACGGAUUCGCGGAAUACCAGAUCCAUCCCGUAUGUCACCAAACCAGCCUCGAGACCCAUAUAGAGAUAAGCUCGAAUUCCCCAAUUCAGGUAUCGGUGUCCAAUGCGACAUCAACUUUUCGGCCCAGCUCGCCCUUCACAAUACUCAUCUACUCCGCUGCUAUUCCCUUACGGACCCUCGCGUCAGACCAAUGGUUUUGUUCGUCAAACACUGGGCGAAGGUUAGAGGUAUCAACACAUCUUAUCGCGGGACGCUCUCCAGCUAUGGGUAUGUCCUCAUGGUGCUCCACUACUUGAUAAACGUUGCCCAUCCUUUCGUAUGUCCCAAUCUUCAGGCAAUGGCCCCGCCAGUGGAUCCGCAUCUCAGCCCCGAUCAAGUCGAGAACAACAUCUUGUGCAAAGGACUGAACGUCUGGUUCUGGAAAGAUGCAGAUCAGAUCAAGGCCUCAGCGGAACAGGGCAGCCUCACACAAAACAGAGAUUCUAUUGGCCACCUUCUCCGCGGAUUCUUCGAGUAUUACGCUCAGGGCAACAUGAUCAGUUCAGGACACAUGCGAGGCUUCGACUGGGGCAGGGACGUCAUCAGUCUUCGAACUCGUGGCGGUAUUCUUAGCAAGCAAAACAAAGGCUGGACCGGAGCCAAGACAGUCCUCGAAGUCCAGUCAACAGAUAAGCCUCCGGCUGUCGAGCCUGAGAUGCCCAGAGCGAAUCCCCAUCCUGCACCCGAAACACAAGACAACAGUAUUUCAACCACAAUCCCGCAGUCACAACAGUCCCAAGACCCCGCCACAGCAUCACGGGUACCUCAUGACCGGAACAAACCUGAAGUCAAGGAGGUGCGCCAUCGCUACCUGUUCGCCAUUGAAGAUCCGUUUGAGAUAGACCACAACGUGGCCCGCACUGUCACCCACAACGGAAUUGUGUCUAUCCGUGAUGAGUUCCGCAGAGCUUGGCGAAUCAUCAGGAAUGCUGGGAAACAUCAAGUACAGGAGAAUCUCUUACAGGAUGUCUCACUUGAUAGAAAGGCUGAGCAAACUUCUCUUGCGGAACUCAUUGACGAGAUCCACGGUCUUCAAUCUUCUUAA